CUCAAGCUCCUUGUGUGACGACUGACGUGUAAACUGUAAUCUUCAUAUCUUCAUACUUAGUCUGAGCGUGUAAUACCGUACUCAAAUUAAUUUUUACAAGUUGUUUUCUAAAGCUGUAGUUUUACAAUUUAAAACCCUAAUUCCACAGAAUUCUUUAUAUAUUCUGUUAAAUUAUUACAUUAUAUUUCGAAUUAACGGCAAGGAACAUUUAUUUACAAUGGAUUCGUGUGGAGAGAUUCUGCUACAAGAAAAAUGCAACCCUUCAGCACAGAAAAUAUAUUAUGUUAAACCUGCAGACCAAUCAAAUGUUGUAACAGUAAAAUACGGAAAGACAAAUAGCAUUGUUGGGAUGAUCAAAAAAAUUUUACUGCCAAAAGGAUAUCCCAAUAGUGUAAGCCAGGACUAUAUAACUUAUCAAAUAUGGGAUACAGCACAAGCCUUUUGCAGCACCAUUAUGGGCAUACUCGCCACCCAGGCAGUGCUUAAAGGAGUUGGUGUGGGAGACACCACUGCCACUCCACUAGCAGCAACCAUAACCUGGGUCUUGAAGGAUGGUUGUGGCCACCUGGGUCGAAUACUGUUCGCGUACAGCCAUGGGAGCUACCUAGAUUCAUAUUGCAAAAAGUGGCGGUUGUAUGCUGAUGUAUUAAAUGAUCUAGCAAUGUGUAUUGAAAUUUCGCUGCCCGUAUUCCAUAAUUACACAACAAACGCCUUGUGCAUUAGCACUGUCAUGAAAUCCAUUGUUGGGGUUGCGGGAGGGGCUACAAGAGUGGCUAUGACGCAGCAUCACGCGAUCCGUGGCAACAUGGGCGAUGUAUCCGCCAAGGAUUCCGCUCAGGAGACGGCCGUUAACUUGAUCGCCUCAAUCACUGCGCUUCUCAUACUGUCCUUGCUCGGGAGUUCAUUAGUCAUAUUCGUAGUGAUGAUGAGUCUGCAUAUGCUAUUCAAUUAUUUUGCAGUAAGGGCCGUCUGCUUAGCAACUCUUAAUGAGCCACGGUUCAUGUUAUUAAUUGAAAGGUACCUCAAAAGGGAAGUCAUCGCUACGCCGUCCGAAAUCAAUAGCUUGGAACCUAUAAUAUUUUAUCAACUAGGAAGCAAUUUGCUUGAUUUAAAAAUCUGCGGCUUUCAAAUGAAACUCGGGCAAUCGUUGCAACACAUAGUGCAAUAUUCACCAGAGGCCUCCUAUUUGAAAACCAUAAAAAAAAUCUAUAGCGAGACCCAGUACAUUAUAAUCCCAAACAUGAAAAAGCGGAUAAUGCACGUUUUCAUCAAAGAAAAUGCUACGGUGAACAACAUCUUGCGAGCGUACUUCCAUGCUGUGUUGUUAGCAACUACCAUUCUUGAAAUCGCUGGCGAUUCACUAAUAGAGAAAAGGCCAAGCCGGGGGCUAAGGCCGUUCGCUAAAGUUCGAAGAACACUUCAGCAAGCGGAGUGGAGUCGUACAGGAUCCAAGAGGUCGCUGAAGGCCUUGUAUGAACCACCUUUCGAGCUCCUAACCUAUGUGUGUAACAUGGCAACAAAAGAGUGGCCUCAUUUGAAGACGGGGCUUUUGCGGACAGGAUGGGACUUGUCAAAACAUCAAUUAAUUGUAGACGAAUGGCGCGUGACCAGCGACGUUCAGUACGAUGCAAACCAUCCUGAACACAGGAGCCCUGAAAAAAUCAGACUUUUUAAAACCGCCGAUGUCCAUCAUUCCACUCGCAAACCACGUAAUUUGAGAGAGAGUGUAUUCAUGCAAGAAUCCAUAUCUCCAGUGAAUUGUAGCCCUUCAGUAUCAACGCCAAGCACGAGCCAUUUCGAACACGAUGUCUCAAUAGACCCUUAUUCUAUUUCGGAUACCACACCUGGUUGGUUUCAGAACGCGAAUAUGAAUUCUGUUGAUAGCACGGAAAGUGGACUAAUGCGUGAAACUCCAUCAACAUCCAGCGAUGACGAGGUCUCUUUGUCACCGCAAUACUAAGCUCAACAUCUAGCGAUGACGUGAUCCCUGUAUCUCUUCAGGCUCAAAAUGUUGAAUUCUCAUAAUGUUGAAUUUGCAAAAUGUUAAAUUCCAAAAUGUUGGAUUCGCAAAAUGUUGAAUUUCAAUUCUCAAAAUGCUGAAUGAAAAAGGCAGCGCAAGCCACAGUCGGGUUUUUUUUUUAACCAUUUUUAACUACUUGUUUAAUCUGGUGCCAUGGGCCAUACAGUAUUAGUUUUAAUUAUUGUAAAAUAUGUAUUUGUUAUUUUUUGUUUUAUUUUGGAGGGAAAUGUAUAAAUGUAUAGUUUUUAUAAUAUGUAAUAUGUUUUAAGAUAUGAGAUAGAUAAACUACU